AACAUAUGAUUUUGCUUAUCGGCCACAGUCUUUGUGGGUAGCAAUAAAAAGGUUGAAACAUUUUGCAGGCAGCAAAAAAAAGGCAAAUAAAUCGCAACAGUAAACAUGGCUAUACGACUGACUCAAAGAUUGCUGCAGACCCAGACGCCGUUCCUGACACGCGGCUAUCCCAUGCUCGUGACCAAAGAGAAGUCUGAGGAUGUGGCUCACACCAAAUCGGCAUUGCAAAAGAAACUAACGGGCACCAGAAUCUCGGCUCAGUAUGGUGGUCGGCAUGCAGUCACAAUGCUGCCUGGAGGCGGUAUAGGACCAGAGCUAAUGACCUACGUGCGUGAGAUCUUUCAGUAUUGUGGAGCGCCCAUUGACUUUGAGGUAAUCGACAUUGAUCCAUCCACCGAGGGCAACGAUGACUUGGAGUACGCGAUCACCUCCAUUAAGCGCAAUGGCGUCGCUCUCAAGGGCAACAUUGAGACGAAAUCGCACAGCCUGGACGAGAUGUCCCGCAAUGUGGCCAUUCGCAAUGAGUUGGAUCUCUACGUGAACGUGGUGCACUGCAAGUCGUAUCCGGGCAUCCCAGCCCGCCACAAGGACAUUGACAUUGUGCUCAUUCGCCAGAACACGGACGGAGAGUAUGCCAUGCUGGAGCACGAGUCCGUGCGUGGAGUCGUCGAGAGCAUGAAGGUGGUAACCGUGGAGAAUGCCGAGCGUGUGGCUCGUUAUGCCUUCGAGUAUGCGCGUCAGAAUAACCGGAAACGCGUCACCACCAUACACAAGGCCAACAUCAUGAAAUUGUCGGAUGGUCUGUUCCUGGACGUGGCCAACCGUGUGCACAAGGAAUACCCAGAGCUGGAGCACAACAACAUGAUCAUUGACAACACCUGCAUGCAAGCCGUUUCAAAUCCGCAUCAGUUCGAUGUGAUGAACAUGACCAAUUUGUAUGGCACUAUCGUUUCCAAUGUUCUCUGUGGACUAAUGGGCGGAGCUGGUCUCAUCUCUGGACGCAAUUAUGGCGAUCACUACGCCGUCUUUGAGCCCGGAACCCGUAACACUGGCACUGCCAUUGCCGGCAAGAACAUUGCCAAUCCGGUGGCUAUGAUAAACGCCAGCAUCGAUAUGUUGAAUCAUCUGGGACACAGCGAGCAUGCUCAAGUCAUCUAUGAUGCCACCUACCAGACCAUUGUCAAUGAUGCCAUACGCACGCCAGAUGUGGGCGGCAAUCACUCCAGCACCGAUGUAGUUGAAAACAUACUGAAGAUUUUGAGUACCAAACGUGUGAAUUGGCCACAUGGGAAAUAUUUCUGCCAGUCUUAGGCAUCUUUGUACACCCGAUAAGCAAACAAAGUUAAAGACUUACUUAACCAAAAAUUAAAAAAAAAAAAUAAUGAAAAAUCUAUAAAUUUAUAUUAACUCACAACUAAGCCAAUCAGAGUCAAGUGUUAUACGGCCUAUGUUUACCCCAAGCCAAUGCAUACCAUGUUUUAUUGUGAUGUCAAAAUGCAAUUAAAAUCAAUCAGUUUAUUUAUAUAAUGGUCAAAAUUAUGCGCUGCUUUACCACAAAAAUUCCCCCUGCCCCGGCUAUGUGUUAUAUGUUCUGUGCACCUCCGAUGUCCAAAGUGUUAUACCACAGAUAUUCUCGACCCAGGACUCUUCAAUGUUUUGAACAUUUGACCUACUUUGACUCUUUUAUUUCCUAACCUUUUAGAUAUUCAUAAAUCCUAAGCAAAAGAAAAA